UGUUUGAUCCUGACUUCUCUGAUCCUCCCCUUCUUCCAGUGUCCCCCUCUUAUCUCCUGAUAAGACAUAUUGUGUGGAGACACUAGCACUAUGCACAAUGUAGGUUUUUUUUUCUUGGGAGAGUGUAUGAGAUCAGCACAGGGCCAAUCAGCACUGUCCAAACAGAGGGCAGGAGUUCUGCAUCCUCCUAAAGCAGAAAUAAAACUCCUCCUACAAGCUUUAACAGUGCUCUGCUGAACACUGAUAGAAGUCACAAGUCUGCUCUAACUGCUGAUGAGAAAAGGUAUUUGGCAGUUUAUAUUUACUAA